GAAAAAAUAUUUAAAUUUUAUUGAAGUGAAAGGUAUUAGCGUGGCAACAACGAAACUGUGUACAACCACACAAUGGACAGCUGUGUUGUUAAAACUCAAAUAUCUGGACUGGACUGUAAAUUAUUUGAAAUUCCCUUAACAAUGGAUUUGGAUGACAUGUUAAUUAAAGAAGUGCGUAAUCGUCCAUAUCUGUACGAUCGAACACACCCCGAUUACAAAAGUUUAAAGAAAAAAGAUUAUGCAUGGAGGCAUAUUUCUGUAAUGUUGAAGUUGAGCGAAACGCAGUGCAGAAGAAGAUGGAAGAGCCUCCGUGACUCCUAUAAACGGUGCAAAAGAAUGAAGACUGACGGUACUGGUGACAGUACAAGGAAAAAAUGGCGGUAUUUAGAACCGAUGUCCUUUUUGGAAAGAGUUAAAGGGCCCCACCGUAUAAUACGAAGUUCAAGUGAAGAAAUGGACCCUAUAAGCGUAGAUGAAGCGCUGGAAUUAUUGGAUGAGGAUUCAGCGAAUUCAUCGUUCUGGGAACAAGAAAAUUCUCCGUCAAUAUCUGCUGAUGCACAUGCGCAAAGGGCAAGCGCAAGUUCUCCAUGCAGACCUUCUGAUGUACAUGAGCAAAAGGCAAGCGAAAGUUCUCCGUGCAGACCAUCUGAUGCUUGUGGGCAAUGGAAUUCCCAGAAAAAGGACGAUGACAAGUUUAAAGAGUUUUUGGAGUUGGCAGGCUCAAGCAUAUCGAACACUUGUGCGGCAUUCGUGCAAAAAGCACAAAAACAGGACUCCAUCGCACUUCACUUUUCCAGUUUAGCGGCGAAGAUAACAGAAGCCGGCCUACCGCCAAAAGUGGUCAAUCAAAUAGAGGCCAAAGUAUCGGCCAUAGUGUUUGGGGAAAUUGAUAAAUUUUAUUCAGGUCAUAUAAAAUAGACGUACAUAAAUAAUAGAAAUAUGAUAUAAAUUAAAUAAUUUUGAAAACUUAUAAGCACACAAAGUGCUUUAUUUUAAGUUAUA